CAGUGAAGAAGUCGCAUACAUUAAGACCUUAGAAACCGCUGAUGGCACUGAUUCGACAGGAGCCAUGAUCGAUUCAACCUACGGAGACAAAGGUGAAAUUCCCAGAUUGUUACUGGUUGUAGGCUCAGUUGUUGGUGCCCUUCUUGUCUUCAUGAAUGUCAUUCUCGUCAUUUGCUUCAUCCGGAAGCGGAAGCGUAGACGUCAAAAUCAAGAGAACUCUGCGAAGGACAGUAAGCCUAGGAAGACAGAUAACAAAAUGUAUACUCCAAGUAAAUACCAGGAACGAAUCAAUGGAGAGGCUCUAUAUCCAGUGGAUGAUAAGAGAAAUGGCUGUCACGAUAUUAUGAUGAAGGAGCUACCAGUGAAAAAGAAGGGGAAAGGAGAAGAAAGUCAAAAAUUUCGUCAAAAGAGUUCGAUUUCAUCAGAACCAGGAUCUCACUCACAGCAAGGUUUAAGGACAGAACUACAUAUAUAG